AUGCAUUGCAACGUACAGAUUUUCAUUAACAUUCUUGCCGUUGUCCUGUUCACCUCCGCUUUUAUCCAUCUCAUUAUCUCAAUCAUCUAUACCAAUCCGACAGAGGUAGCAUUCACAACGGCAUUGAGCACAGCUGCCAACUCAGGCAUCGCGCACCCUACUCUGAUCUACAAAAUCGCAGCUUUUGAGCCAACCGAAACACAAGUUUUUGUACACGCCAAUAGCAUGCGCCACACGGGCAAUAAUCAAUCACAGACUACACCAAACAAUAAGGGAAAAGGGAAAGCUAAGGCAGUUGACAAACCCCAUCAGCAACCUCUCGAAGGCCCUGCACAGAAUAAUGACGACAGCUACCAAAAUGACAUCGAACAAGCCACAAAGAAGAGCAAGAAGAAAAAUCUAAUCAGAACUGAGCGCGAGCGCAAGGCUGCAACUAGCUCUGCAGGCGUGGGCCCAUCUUCUCAGACGACAAGCCCUGUACGCAACUUUAAUACCUCAAGAUCAUUGGCGAUCGGCCAUCGCGAGGAAACAAAUACCACAGACGUCUUUGCUCCUGCAGGCUCUACCACACACUCGCCAAUACAAGUCCACACAAGGGACAAUGCAACAACGGGUCGGAAUCCAUCAACUUUGAGCAACCCCGCUGUUUCUAGCAGUACACAGCAAUAUAUUCCUCCUCCAUACAAUGAUGAGGAUUCGAUUUCUCCAGACACUUAUUUUGAGGCGCGGAGGGCACAAAAUGAAUACUAUUCUUCCUUGGAAAAUGAACCAUUGUACACCGAGCACAUUUCCCGAUCGCCAACUCCUGAACGCUCCGCACCCCCUGCUCCAAGGUGUAGGCCACAAGCAACUUUGAGGCCCGCUUCUCACCAACCAGUCUCAAGUAACAGUGACAAUGAAGGCAGAUAUUACAAUAUCUCCAUCUCGUCUAGCCCUUCCCAGUCAUUGUCUUCCAUUGCCCAGAGCAAAAUGUCAAUCAACACCAAUUGGCCUUUCUCUGUGCCUGAAUUCUCAUUGCCACCAUCCAGCCCACCAUCUACCGAUUAUGAAGACGAUGAGGAUUAUGUCCCCGUUCACAUGCGGCAAAUAGCACCAUUACCCGUGAGACGCUCAACCGCAAGACCAGCUGUUGCCGUACCGCCAAACACAUCUGAAGCAACACCUAAUCCUUCGAUUGAUCCUUCUGUGCCAAGUCCUGCUAUCCAGGAUGAGUACAUAGAACCGGCUCAGCGGCCUAUUGCUGCAUUGCCCAGACGCCACCGCAUUGCAUCUGUAAAUCAGGCUUUGUUGGUUGGUGUCUCCAACAGCAGUGUGGUUCAAGAAAAUUCAAGUAGCUCUGGGUUUUCUCAAUCAACAUCAUAA